GAGGGAGGGCCUAUUCUCAUUGGUCGCACGUGACAGCAUCUCCGCCCUUCUCUUCGUCUCCUGUCGGUUUCCGGGUUUUCGGGCAUCGCCAUUGGCCGAAUCACUCGUUGCAGGCGGCAAACCUCGUUUGAAAAAAUUUUUAUUUGUCCACUCGCCGCGCAGCACAACCCGGAAGCGCCAGCCCAGCCGACUUCCUAUUGGUCGUACCUCUCCUCACGUGGCUUUGUACCCGCCUGCCGCUGGUUUUGAGGGUUUGCUUCCUGGUUGGUAGGCGAGUGGCCCACGUGUUUGGCCGCCAUGCCCGCUCUAUCCGCUUCCCUAUUGGUUGGGGCUCCCUCGGUGAAGGCGGGGCACUUGGGCUGCGUAGCGGAUCUUCCAGGCUCCGAGCUUCGGUAAUCAGUUCGGCCCCAUGGCGUCCCAGGGUCGUCGGCGGAGGCCGCCGCGGAGGCCCGAGACGGUGGUGCCGGGGGAGGCGGCCGAGACGGAUUCGGAGCUCUCAGCGUCCUCGUCGGAGGAGGAGGAGCUGUACCUGGGCCCCUCGGGCCCGACGCGCGGCCGCCCUACGGGGCUGCGGGUGGCCGGGGAGGCCGCGGAGACCGACUCGGACUCGGAGCCGAAGGCCGCGCCGGGGGACCUGCCUCCGCUCGUGGUGCAGCGGGAAAGGGCCGGGGAGACCUGGGGGACCGAGGAGACGCCGGCGCCAGCCCCCGCGCGCACGCUGCUGCAGCUCCGGCUGGCCGAGAGCCAGGCGCGGCUGGACCACGACGUGGCGGCCGCGGUGAGCGGCGUGUACCGCCGCGCCGGCCGCGAUGUGGCCGCCCUGGCCAGUAGACUUGCGGCCGCCCAGGCGGCAGGGUUGGCGGCCGCCCACAGCGUGCGCCUGGCGCGGGGAGACCUCUGCACGCUGGCCGAGCGCCUGGACAUCGUGGCCGGCUGCCGCCUGCUGCCCGACAUCCGCGGCGUGCCGGGGACUGAGCCUGAGCAAGAUCAGGGACCGCGAGCUUAGCCGUAACCCCGCCUGACUCUGCGCCCUGGGGGUGGUCCUUGAGGCCUCCGGGACCUGGCUCUGUAUCCUGUGUAGUUCCCUUCCCAUCUUGCUGUUUUGCCCCCAGGAUAACGUUCUGUGUGUGUAGAGGGGGCGGGUAAUAUUGUGCAGCCCCGCCCCACCUCUAGCCUAGGUUCCUCCCCACCCCGUCCUGUCCCCGUCGCUGCUCCCUGGUUCCGAGCCCGUCGCUGAGGCUUGGCUCCAGCCCUUGGGUAACCAGUCGCUCCUUGAUCUUUCUCCGUCCCGGGGUCUCACCUUGCUUCACCUUUUCUUGCGCUCUGCCUUUCUCGAGUUUGGUUUCUGCCCACAGGGCCUGGUCUUGCUUCUUCGCAUAGGAGCCCCAGAAUCUGGUGCAGGUUCCAUGGCAUCUUCCUUCACUCCCUUGUCUCUGCCUCUGGUCCUAGCACCACUUCUGGAAUUUUGUCCCCACAGGCUGUGUCCUUUUUCUGCUCCUCAGGCUCGGCCCUGGUUCCACGUCCUAGUUCGUCCUCUGCUGUCUCCUUGCUUCCAGUCCUUGGGCUUGGUUCCACCCUCUGCGCCCCAUCUUGUUUCCUGAAUCCAGCUGUACCCUUAGGAUUCGCUGCUGUUGCUUUUUCUUUUUUACU